AUGAGUGAUCAAUGUGAAGCUUUGUUUAGUUCUGAAGCUAUAAUGCAUAGACUUUCUGCUUUGCUUCAACAAAAUCAAGAAUAUUGUACUGAUACUGAUUGUGAUGGUGAAACAUUGCCAAGAAUUGAUCAAAAUAAUUUAGUUAUUAUUAUGGGAAUGUGGGUAGCAUUCGCCAUUUUUAUGUAUGCUUUACGUCCCUCAAGUUUACGUACCGCCGGAGAUCCACAAUCUACUAAGAAUAACGGAAAUGGAAGAAAUGAAGAUAAUCAUGAUAAUGACCAACCACCUGCUGUAUUAUAA